UCACAGAAUAGACACCAUACAAGCAUGAGCAUCGAAGGCACGAUCAGACAUGCAGAGGCAAGAGGAAAGGCACUCUCAAGAGAGAAGGCCUCUCAAUCCACAUCCCACGCUUCUGUUGCAACAAGUAAGACAGCAAAACAAGAAGAACAGGAACUCUAUAUGUAUCCAGUGGCUUCAAUUUGCACGAGGGAUCGGGCACAUCAACGCUCCUAAAUGUGCGCAUGUGGCCAGCUGCAUGCUGCACACAUAUGGAACUGCGCCGUGGUGAACAAGUAAUUUGCAGCACAGACCUCAAUGUUAUUAUCAGAGUAUAAACCUGCAAACUGUGCCUUUAUGGGUCAGGAAGCGUCCGGAAAGGUCCACAUUUGGACAAAACAAUUGGUGUCCCAGAUCAGCUCCUGUAAAGGAUUCUUGGGACAAGCAUGCAUGAUUUGACAUGUAAGAAAUCCACAGCUGUCUGCCUAUUGGUCAGCAACAGACCCCCAAGGGUACAGCAUGUAUGGAGACUUGAGGCCCACACCUGUCUGCUUGAAACUUCCAGCAAGCAAUAGCCUCUGCAGAUGGCAGGUGCAGCUCCAAACCUAGCGCCCCUCCAGGUAACAGGCAGCAACAGAAAUAGCAGAUCUUCCUAAGGGAGAAUGAUUUCAUAUCCCCACAGCUGUGCUAAAGUACGGUCACUUGUGUGCUGCUGUGUUCGCCACAAAGGCGUACGCUCCCACAUUGAGUGCCCAAGCAAUACAGACAAUAGACAUAAGUUCUC